UGAGAUUAUCUGUAAUGCUUCAAAACGUUGCAAAGCUGAAAUUCCUUCCAAAACAAGGGUUUGUUGUGAUCUCGCGAGACUUCCGGACAAUCUCGCCGGUUUAAUCAACAGACUGGAACUAUCGAGUGAAUUUAAAUCGCAUCGCUGUUCUGUUUUUGUUUGUUUGUUUAUUUACUUACUUACUUUUGCAUAAACACUAAUUAUGGCAGAGACGGAUCCGAAGUCAGUGCAGGAUCUUACAGCGGUGGUGAGUUUCAAACAUUGGUUUGUUUAACUAGGCGAUGCUAGGCUAGUUAAGCAAGCUAGCUUGCUAGCAUAACAAAUGUCCCAGGCUUUUCUUUUUGUUUUUCUUUAAACAGUGCGUGUAAAUGCUGUGUAAACUUCCAUGAGAUUAUCUGUAAUGCUUCAAAACGUUCCAAAGCUGAAAUUCCUUCCAAAACGAGAGUUUGUUGUGAUCUCGCGAGACUUCCGGACAAUCUCGCCGGUUUAAUCAACAGACUGGAACUGUCGCGUGAAUUUGAAUCGCAUCACUGUUCUGUUCUUUCGUUCGCUUUUUUUUAUUUGCAUAAACACUAAUUAUGGCAGAGACGGAUCCGAAGUCAGUGCAGGAUCUUACAGCGGUGGUGCAGACGUUGCUGCAGCAGAUGCAGGACAAAUUCCAGACCAUGUCAGAUCAAAUCAUCGGGAGAAUUGAUGAGAUGAGCACACGAAUCGAUGACUUGGAGAAGAACAUCGCUGACCUGAUGACCCAGGCUGGGGUCGAGGAGGCAGAAGGAGAGAACAAGGCCAAAGAGGCUGAGGCUUCUUAAUGAAGGUCGUCCGCUAACGACGGAGUAAAGGAAACUCUUCGAGAGCAGCAACCUUCCCCAGUAGUGCUGCCUGCUUUGAUUUGAUGUAUUGUUGUAUAGUUUUUUAUACCGACUUCAACUAAUCCUAAUGGAUAUUCCUGAUGGUGUUCUCUAAUAUUUAGGUUUUUCCUUAUGAACAGUGCAUACUUUUUUUUUUUUAGCCUGCUUUAAGGCCAACCAGCUACACGGCUGAGGCCUGUUACUGUAAUAUGAGCACUAUCUAUGUGCCAAACAAACCCUGUUCUAAUUUCAGCUGAGUUUGUGCUAUUAAAAUGGUUUCAUACAAAA